GUCAGGGAGCGGCGGCCAUUUUCCCCUGGUCUGAGCUCCGCCUUCCUUCUAUCAUUCCCACAAGGCAGCAGGAGCAGAGAGCAGCCAUUGCUGUGUCUGGCAGCAGGAUUACACAAUAGUGAAGAAGACAUCCGGUGAGUGUGAGACACCCAGCAGCCAUCUCCGUGUGUCAGGAGAACUGAGCAGGACCCAGAUCCCCAUCACGGUGCCUUCACCUCACUCACUGAUACAUGAGAGACACAAUGACCAGAAGAUCCUGGAUCUCACCAACAAGAUCAUUCAGCUGCUGAUUGGAGAGGAGGGGGAGUAUAUAGAGGAACACAGGGGUCUGUACAAGGAUAUGAUGAUGGAGAAUCACUGGCCUCUCACAUCACUGGAUGGACCCAGUAACAGAGAUACCCCAGAGAGAUGUCCCCGUCCUCUGUAUUCCCAGGACUGUACAGAGGAGAAUCACAGGAUCCCACAGGAGGAUCAGGAUGAAGAACUAACUGAUAUUAAGGUAGAAGUUCUAGACGGAGAAGUAGAGACAUAUGUGACUGCUAUUAAGGUAGAAGAUACAAAGGGAGAAGAAGAGACGUAUGUAAUGGAUAUAAAGGCAGAAGAUAUAGAUGAAGAAGUGAUGUAUGUGAGGGGUGAUCAGAAGUGUAAGGAGGAGGGAAUCCCUACAGAUAUCAGCACAGAUGGGCGCAAUACAAAGAAUACCUCGGAGGGACAUUGCGUUUGGUCUCUGGAUAUUAAAUUAGAGGAUAACAACAAACGAGGGUCUUUAGAAGAAAACCACCUUUCCCUGAAUAUACAUCCAGCACUUCACAGUGCAGAUAUGUCAUCCGAUCUCUCUAUUCUUGAAGAAUGUUCUCCUGGUGACUCACAUAUUGCUGCACAUAGUACAGAUCAUAGCGGUGAUGCAGUCAUUUCCUCUUCUGAGUGUGGGAAAUGUUUUACAUGUAAAUCUGCUCUUUUUGGACAUCACUGUCACACAGAUGGAAAACCAUUUGCAUGCUCAGAGUGUGGGAAAUGUUUUACACGCAAAUCACAUCUUCUUAAACAUGAGAGAUGUCACACAGGUGAGAAACCAUUUCUGUGCGCUGAGUGUGGUAAAUGUUUCACAGAGAAAUCACAUCUUGUUAAACACGAGAGAUGUCACACAGGUGAGAAACCAUUUCCAUGUUCUGAGUGUGGGAAAUGUUUUGCACACAAAUCAUAUCUUGUUACACAUCAGCGAUGUCACACAGGUGAGAAGCCAUUUCCAUGCUCUGAGUGUGUGAAAUGUUUUACACAGAAAUCAAAUCUUGUUAUACAUCAGAGAAGUCACACAGGUGAGAAGCCAUUUGCAUGCUCUCAGUGUGUUAAAUGUUUUACACAGAAAUCAGAUCUUCUUACACACCAGAGAAGUCACACAGGUGAGAAGCCAUUUGCAUGCUCUGAGUGUGUGAAAUGUUUUACACAUAAAUCAGAUCUUGUUACACAUCAGAGAAGUCACACAGGUGAGAAGCCAUUUGCAUGUCCUGAGUGUGGGAAGUGUUUUAAAGAUAAAUCUUGCCUUUUAACACACAUGAAAUUUCACACAGAUGUGAAACCAUUUCCAUGUUCUAAAUGUGAGAAAUGUUUUACACGGAAAUCAUAUCUGGCUAGACAUCAGAAAAAUCACACAGGUGAGAAGCCAUUUCCAUGCUCUGAGUGUGGGAAAUGUUUUUCAUGCAAAUCUGCUCUUAUUACACAUCAGAGAAAUCACACAGGGGAGAAACCAUUUCCAUGCUCUAGGUGUGAGAAAUAUUUUACACAAAAAUCACAUCUUGUUGCACAUGAGAGAAGUCACACAGGUGAACGGCCAUUUACAUGCUCUGAAUGUGGGAAAUGUUUUACCCGCCAAUCAGGCCUUUUCAAACAUCAGAGAAAUCACACAUGUGGGAAAUGUUUUACAUGGAAAUCACAUCUUGUUAGCCACACAGGUGAGAAACCAUUUCCAUGCUCUUAGGGUAAGAUUGUUUCCGUGCAGGGUAAAUACUGGCUGCUUUAUUUCAGUUUGAACACACCCCACCCAAAUCUAACUCUCACUUCACGUUACAUCUGCCCCACCUGCAGUGCAGCAUGGUUUUGCCCAUUAGAGAAACCGUUUGCUGUUCCAAUCAGGUCUGAAUUAGGCCUAUAAUUUGCUAAUAUUCUAAUUCCUGAAAUUCCCAUUGAGUACACAGACCGACUGGUCCCCCCACCCCUUGCCUACCAAUUUCCCCUUCCCACCACCCUUCCUUCACCGCUACCCUUAAUUUUCCUUAAUCUUUAGAACUCCUUCUUCCCUCUACCCUAAAAGCACAAUAUCCUUUGCUCUCCUAGUUUGGACUUACCAAAUAAUUUACUGUAUAGCUUUAGCCUCCUGUCCAAUUAGCACAGAUUUCCACUCAUGACAGCUUUUCAGUUAUUUAAGACCUCAUUAUACUAAUCUGUUAAUUAUUCCUUUCUGACAAUUACCGAUUAUGACACCAAUACUUCUUUCUUCCUCUUGUUGAAAUUUGUGUUAUCAUUAUCUGUGAUUUUUACCCUCUACUGUAAAACUCAAUAAACAGAUAAAACAAAGAAAAGAGAAUGUAUCCUACCACUUCACUAGGAACCAGUGACAUCAUUGAGGGUGCAGCCUAUCACUGCACUAGGAAACAGUGACAUCACUGAGAGUGCAGCCUAUCACUGCACUAGGAACCAGUGACACCACUGAGAGUGCAGCCUAUCACUGCACUAGGAAACAGUGACAUCACUGAGAGUGCAGCCUAUCACUACACUAGGAACCAGUGACAUCACUGAGAGUGCAGCCUAUCACAUUACUGGGAACCAGUGACAUCACCAAGUGCAGUCUAUCACAUUACUGGGAGCCAGUGACAUCACCGAGUGCAGUCUAUCACAUUACUGGAAACCAGUGACAUCACUGGGAAUGCAUUCUAUCUCUUGAAAAGGAACCAGUGACAUCACUGAGGUGACAGUUGUGCUGUAAUGUGAUGCUAGAAUCUGUGUAACACCUCAAACAUUAGAAUAUUUCACAGAUUUAUGAUGGAUAGUGGAUGCUAACCCAUGCUUUGGGAUUGGCAGAGACCCUGAACAAAGGCAUAGAGUCCAACAUGCCAGUGGUGUUCACAUGGACCCACACCUACUGGGAGUUUAUAUCCACCAUUAAGAUUAAUUCAGGAUGUCAGUCUCUCAGCACACUGCUUAGUUCACCAGUCUGGAAAUGAAAUUCAUUUAAGAUUAACACCAUCGCAACAACCCUGAGGAAGUUGUUUAUGAAGAAACGCAUUGGGUGACAAGCUAUCAAGAUCCAAAGUGGGACUAACAGGCUGUCAAGGAGUUGAUCUAUAGUAAUAUACUUUCACAUUCAAUAGAAGUGUGCACACAGAUUUUACAUAAAUCAAGACAAAGCUGCAGGAGCGUCACAUUCCGCUAUUUAAAAUACACAGCGGCUAUUGGGAUAAGCGAGCUCCAUGCACCAUACGGUACACAGUACAGUAGCAGGCCAGACUCAAUCACAGAGCGGGUUCACAAAAUGGAUGCCGCACGUGACACAGCGCCCUAUGGAAGCCCACAGCAACUGUAUGGAGUGAUCGACUGUAUCGAUAUUGCAAGAAUCAGGGCAAUGCUGAAGCAGCGUAUCUAUACACUAGUUAAAAUAUACUGUACUGUAUACACAGCGGCAAUGAGAUCCCGUAGAAUGACAAUAAUAAAAAUAUUUUUUCUGACACUAUUAAUUUUUUUUGGUAAUCUAUUGUAAUG